AUGGCCUUUUAUCGCGCGCUCAAAAGAUUCUCUUCUGGAGAGUACAGUACACCCCUACAGAUCAGAGGUACAUUCAAACGCCUUCGCAAGUGUCCUCAGAGAAAGAAACACAUACGAAAGCUGCUGUGGCCUUUUCCAUGGCAUUUUGAGCCCAUGGAACCCGUUGCUGGCGUAGUUCACGUGGAUCCGAGUGAGCAGCUGAUAGUUGAGCGGCAAUCAAGCAUUCGAACACUUCACCGCAUCCCUAUAUUCCGCGUCAGAGAUACACCAUUGUGUUCUCUCUACCGCAUGGUUGAAGAUGUUUGCACGCGACAAGACGAACUUUUGGGUUACGAGGCUCACUACUUGUUCCGGCAUACUGAGCGGCGCUGGCGGCUUUGCAACAUACCCGACCCUCGAGAGCGCGAUCCGGUUGUGUAUGCCAUUCUGGCGAGCAUUGUCGAAGCGCUGGUGGAAGCUUUCAACUGGAAGUUGAAGCUUGGCAUACGCCGCAAUGGCAGGAACGACUUUUCAGAACAGCGAGCCAUCAACUGUGAACUCGAGAGCGUACCUGCUUGGGCCGCUCUUGUUGCGCCAUGUGAGAAAGCUGUGGAUCUGUUGACGCGACCAGAUGGCCUUAGUGGUGGCGCGCCAGAGCCUUCGUUUCGUGAUCGCAACAUUGCUGCGUGCGUGGCUCGAUUUUGGGACGUCUGA